AUGUUUGGUGGUAUGUCAAUAGCUCCGGCUGUUGUUUCUCGACUCCUUUCUUUUAAUUAUUCUUUCUCUGUUUUCUCUUUGACUUUCCACCUUCCAAAUUUAAAUCAAUUUUUCUAUAUGUCAUCAUUUAUUCACUCUAUCCAUUCUUUCUUUCUCUCUCAUGAUAUUCAUUGUUUUUUUUUUUCAUGCCUCUUCUUCUCCUUUUCCAAACCGAGAUCCGUUAAUCCGAACGAAGAUAUUAUUCCGUUGUCCCUGGAUCUAUCUAUCUAUCUAUCUAUCUAUCUAUCUAUCUAUCUAUCUAUCUAUCUAUAUAUACCAUUAUACUUUCAUCAAUUAUAUGUCUUCUUGUUUCCCUUGUUUUUCUUUUUCUAUACUUCCAUGCCUCACGACCUUACUCUCCUUAAAACAGUAUUACUCUCCUUCCUUCAUAAUAUGAUUUCUCGCAAAUUUUCCAUUCUUUAUCUCUCCAGAGUUGUGUCAUUGCAGGCAACACCUCCAAAUGUCAAUACAUCUUUUAUCGAUACAUACAAACACAGACAUAUACAUAUAACACUAUCUAUCUAUCUAUCUAUCUAUCUAUCUAUCUAUCUAUCUUUCUCUCUUUCUAUCUUUGUAUUUAUCUAA